UACUUUAGUGGACUUGGUUUAUCAGAGUCGGCUGUUUAGGAUCGUCUGCGAGAAAGAGUCGAUCUUAAGGUUGAGGUCAAACCCACGUCACUAAAAUGUGUUCCCUUAAUCGUUUGCGGCAUUCAGUAUUGCUGACCCCGGUUGCACGUCUGGACGAUCAGACAACCAGGUUGUUUGAUCAUGAUGGAUUUGAUGAAUGUGACGCAAAAUUUGUAGGAUUUGAGCAUGCGAAGCUUGGCAAGAUAAAGUUGGAGGAACUAAAACUCCUUACGCUUCGAAAUGGUGUAGAAAUUAAGUUUGAAGAAAUCGUAGCGCUUGCCGGAGAUUUGUAUGGUUUACCGAAUCAACCAAUUAUCGAUCCGGCUUUCAACGAUGUUGACCAAGAGGAUUCUGGUAGGCACCAGCGCUUCAGAGACGCUUACAACACCCUGGCACGCACACCGAAGAAGGAGUUACAGAAUGAGUUAGACAAGCUGUUGGCCACGUUAGAGAAAGAACGCGUGGCUGGUGCGGCUGUUGAUGCAAGCAUAUGGGACAAAAUUACUGGCGGUGUAUGGGUUGCUGGUGUACCAGUCAAACUUGGCAGGAUGAUGCAAUUGGCUGAAAACAACCACGAUCAUUUCCUUCCUCAUGCAAAAGACGCGUACCUAACUGGUCAUCAGCUAGCGAUUGACAAAAGCGAGGGAGGCUGGUAGCUAUAGCGGGGAUGUUAAAGACGAGCCCAAGAUGCUUCUUCAUGAAGCAUUUUCAUUGGAGGCGUUUUCCUGCCAUUUCCUCACUGAUAGUUUUGCCAGUGGUCACAUAAGAACGCCACGAGUUGAGCUGGGAAAGGCGACUAGGGUGGGGAAAGUUGGCCACUUGCUCUGUAAGUACAUGCACGAUGAAGACAACAAGCAUGGUCUGCGUGUCCAGAACAAGAGGGGAGACAAGUGGAUUUCAUAUGGCGACGACAUGCUGCUGAAAGAAGAGAGCGGAAGUAAUUUUAAGAUUGCACAAGAGGCUGUUGCGAAAUCCAGUGACCAGGUGUACAAGGCCUACAAAAAUCCCAACCAGACUCUUGACCCUGCUGUGGUGACCGAUCUGAUACCGUUUGUUGACCAGGAAGAGAAAAACAACUCUCCGUUGUUUCAAGUUAAAGAUGGCAAGCUGCACAGGCGAUCAGACAUCAACAAUCUUCAGGACACAGAAACAGUCACCAAUUGGUUGGGGAUAACGACAGCAGCGAAACUGCAGACUUACAAUCCCAAAAAUUCCGCCAUAUAGUCAUCAAGAGCUUAAAAAAACCCCUGUGUGCUUUAAGUGAUCUGUGAACCUGGCAACCCCUUUCAGUUGCUGGAGUGUGUGUUCCAAGUUCUACGUAGUUCAUCCAUCUGCGUCAGUAACCCAUGCUAAAGGUAAUAUAUAGGCUGGAUAGUAGCUUAAGAGAGGUGUGAAAUAACCCAUGCCAAGAACUUGCGAAUUACAUUAGAUAUACGAUAAGAUAGCAGUAAUAGUGAUGUCAAGAAUUGAUUGUGGCUUUUUAGAAAUGAUACGAAAAUCUAAGGAAGAUCGGAGCACAAAAACUGAUCCUAUUAGACAGCAUAAAAAAAUGUUACUUCUCACCCACAGAGGGGUAAUUGAUUUAAACCAAAUAAGAGUUCGAUAGCGUGUCGAUAAGGUGUCCUUCGAUUUACACGAAUCUCCAUUUCCUUGCUCUUUUGGUACAAUGUAGGCUCCAACAAUAGCGGUAGUCUAAUUUCCCUUUUGGACGCAUUAAACUGCAUUAACAGAAUUCAGUGAAUGAUAUACACAUUUACAAUUGUUUACCCGGUAAAACGAGUGUUAAACUUUUCUUAUGAUCAUUAAAGUAUUAUGAGUGUCA